UCCAAAGAGCAAUAUGCUUGCUUCCCCAGCAUGCUUCGCCUUCAUCUUUCUCCUCUGCCAGCUCACAGGGCCAGCAGCCUCUGGAGUACUGAAGAAGCUAGUUGGUGCCCUUGGUGGGUCUGUGACUUUCCCACUGAAUCUCUCAGUAGAUCCAAUUGACAGCAUUAUCUGGGUCUUCAACACAACCACUCUCGUCACCAUACAGCCAAAGUUGGCAGACAAAAAAGCCGUUAUCAUAGUGACCCAACAUCGUAACAAGGAAAGGGUGAAUUUCCCACAUGAAGGCUACUCCCUGAGGCUCAGCAAACUGAAGAAGAAUGACUCAGGUGUCUACCGUGUGGAGAUACACAGCUCAACCCUCCAGGAUCCCCUCACCCAGGAGUAUGAGCUGCGUGUCUAUGAGCACCUGUCAAAGCCCAAAGUCAUCAUAGGUCUGCAGAACAAUAAGAAUGGCACAUGUGUAACCAAUCUGACAUGUUCCAUGGAACAGGGAGGAGAGGAUGUAACUUACAGCUGGAAGUCCCUAGGACAGGCGACCAAUGAGUCUCAUAGUGGCUCCAUCCUCCCCAUAUCCUGGAGGCAGGAGAAAAGGGACAUGACCUUCAUCUGCAUGGCCAGAAACCCCAUCAGCAGCAAUUCCUCAAACCCCAUCUUUGCCUGGAAACUCUGUGAAGGUGCUGCUGGUGGCCUGGCUACCUCUGUGAUCCUCAAACUCCUGUUGUCACUCAUCCUGCUCUGUUUCAUUGCACUGGUGCUAAUUAUUUUGAUCAUACGAAGAGAAAGAAGAAAAGAGUUCAUUGAAGAGAAGAAGGGACUGAACCUUCAUCCAGAAACUCUUAACUACUCCCCCGCUUUUGAAGAGACCUCGGAGUAUGACACAAUCUCUUACUUUAAUAGCACUAUACCAGAGGAAAAUGCAGUAAAUACACUUUAUUCCACUGUGAAAAUACCCCCAAGGCAGGUGGAGGAAUCCCACUCACUGCCCACGUUGCCAGACACACCAAGGCAAUUUACCCAUGAGAAUGUCAUCUAAGCAGCCAUGUGUUCCAAAGAAAAUGGUCAAAAGAAUUCACUGACUUGACCAAAAACAUCAAGGAAGAAUGAAGGACACUGACUUCCUUCCAGAAUAAAGUAUCCCUUAGGCUCCUUCAGACUUAAGAGUUCCUAAUCCGGGAAUUUCCUGGUGGUCCAGUGGUUAAGGCUCUGUGCUUUCACUGCUGAGGGCCGGGGUUCAAUCCCUGGUUGGGGAACUAAAAUCCCACAAGCAGUGUGGUGAGGCCAAAAAAAAAAAGAGAGUUCUUAAUCCUACCCACUGCUGAGAAAUCUCUUCAAAUCCAGAAUCCCUCCUGGAAAUGUGAUUGGGAAUUUAUCAGCCAACUCAAAGCAAGGGCUUAGAAGCAUCUCUGUUGAAAUGUAAAUGCAGUUUCACACAUUUGAAUGACAGCUCCCAUUCCAGGGUUUGGAGAUGAGGAAUAUACCAAGGGUUUGGUUGCCAAGAGGACAAGAACUUCAGAGCAGCCAGCUGAUGUUCCCCGCAGAAGCAGAAGACAGCAGUCAGAAAUGGAUUUAUUUACUGACUCAUCAACGACGUGCCUGACACUGUGCUGAGCUUACUGUGAUUUUCGUCAGAUGUGCUCUCUGUUCUCCUGAAACUGACCCUUCAUGAACUACUUCCGUGGGCAGUGGCAGCAGGCCUGACCACUGAUUCCCAACACCCAGGGGGGUCGGGUGUGGAUCCACAGGACUUGGGAGUCAAAGCGCACAAGGACAGAGAAGCCAAGUAGAAGACUCAGUUUGGCUGAGUGGAAACUCAGAAGUGUGAUUGACCACUGCCCCAGCUUCAUUUACACUUUUGUGCUGCAAGGGAGAAACCCAGGCCUUAGGCCUAUGCAGGAGCCCAUCUCAGUGGAAGAACUGCGCCUGAAGACACACUUUGAAUCUAUUUAUAGGAGACUGGCAAACAUUUAAAGUUGUUUAAUUCAUUCAAUGAAUAUUUAUUAGGAACCUCUGUUAGGUGAGUCUAGUAAAUAAGACAGACGUGAUUCCUGCCCCCAUAGAGCUCACCUUUUUAGUGAAAUGAGAAACAUGUGGAGGGAGAGGGUUGCUUUGGAUGUCUUCCUGGACACACAUCUUGAAUGGAAAUGUUGGAAAGGGAUCUGAGGUCUCAGGUCUAGGGGUGUGAAGUGUUUCCUUUAUUCAAGGGAAAACAACUUCUGGAGUACAGUGCCUCACAAGCAGUGCAGCACUCUUCCUGAGGGAUUUUGGGCAAGAGUGAGUUUUAUAGAGUUUUAGAAGAGGCAACUUAGAAACAGGGCAUGAUUGGCUAAGAGGUGGGGAUUUCCCUAUAAGUUCUAGUUUCUAGGGUAAGGUGAGCUAGGGAAAGCUGAGUUGGAGGAUUGUGAUUAGUGGAUGUUAGGUUCCUGGACAGGUGUUUCCCAUAAGUGCAGGCUGACUUAGGCUUAGAUUCGUGAUGUGGGCUGGACCACUGGGGUAGCUGCCAUUUUGUGGGUCCAAAUAUAUGAAUUAUUAGAAAUAAGGUGGAGAAAUGUGUGUUAAAGUUUGUGAAGGGAGAAAAUAUCUGCUCUGUGUGGAAAGGCCCACAUGGGAGAAGAGCAAGGCCACUGGCUGACAGCCAAGCUGAGCUUCCAGCCAGCAGCCAGCACCAACUGCCAGCCAUGAGAGGGAAGCCAUUUUGUAUAUUGCAUCAUUCUUGGCACCUCAGCCAAUACCACGUGAAGCAGAAGAACCAGCUAGGCAAUCCAGAGAAUAGUGAGAAAUUUAAAAAUUGUUGUUUUAAACCAUGAGA